AUGCGCGCUGAGCUGGGGACCGCCUUCCAGCGGGAAGAGGAACUGGAGGAGGAGGUCCAGCCCGAGUUCGCGCCCAGCUGCCAGUUCACUGGGCAGCUGGAAGAUGCUGACAUGAAGCGGAAGAGGCUCACGGCUGAAGGCAGCUUGCUGGCCUCGGCUGACCGCUUUGCCGAGGCCCUGCAGCACUGGGAGGAGGCGCUGCUCUUUACAGAGGACAAUUGCCAGAAGGCGCCCGUCCUGGAGCAGAUGGCACAAGUGUUGCUGAUUCUGGACCGCCCCUUCGAGGCCAUCAGGACUGGUGAGCAGGCAGUCGAGUGCCGGCAGAGGGCCCCGGGUUUCCUCCCAGAUUUGGCAGCCUCCCCGGAUUUGGACAUCAUGGCCGUCAUGGCCAGCCGGCCCGCGCGGGCGCGGCUGCUGGCUCUCGCCUGCCUUGCUUUUCUCCGGGCGCUGGGGCCCUAUGCGCCGAAGAAGCUCUGGACGAAGCCUUUGAGUUGCGCUUGUGGAUUUGAUGUUCGCUAUGUUCGCUUCAGUGGCAUAGCAGGCGUGGAGGUUUCUGGCGAUGCAGAGAUGCUGAAGAAGCUGAAGGCCCCGGCCAAAGAGGCCAAGGCCAAGGCGGCGCCAGCACCACCGCCGGCACCGCCGUCACCGCCUGCGCCAGAGCCGGCCCCGGAGCCGGCGCCGCCGGUGAUGCCGAAGGCUUUAGAUGCCGUCUCGGAGCUGUUGCAGAGGGGGCAGGAGGAGGUCAACCCAUUGGAGUUCACACCUCAGCAGCUGAUCCGUGUCUUCUAUGCCUUCUUCCAGGGCUGGCGCCAGCGGCACGGGCUGCCCCCCAUGGAGCUCAGCAACAAGCAGCAGCAGCUGGUUGCCUUGCUGAUCCAGGGCAACUUGGCCCUGGUCAACUCGGCAAAUGAGUUCUGGCCACGAGUGUGUGCAGAGCUGGGCAGCCCACGAGACCCAGAAGCCAAAGAGCUCCUCUUUGCUCUGACUGGCCUCUUCGAGUAG